AUGGGAUUCUCAUACGAAUCUGAUGUCCGAUUGAACAAUUCGUAUUUCAUCGUAAAAGAUGGUUUGGAGAAUCGAAGUUACUUUACCUAUUACUCCGAGUUCAACCGAAAGUAUGGGUUCACUCCAUAUGUUGAAGCAACAGUACUCAUCUUAAUAUCUAUAUUUUCAACAAUGGCAAACCUGACGAUAUUUUUUCUAUUGACGUGCAAUAAAAGCUUAAGAACUGUUACUAACGUUUUUAUCGGUAGCUUAGCCAUGUCCGAUUUAUUGUUCACGUUAUCCGGACCCGUCAUUGCAGCGUGCCGCAUCACCGAAUCUUGGACAUUUGGGCACUUUGCCUGUGAUUUUAUUGUGUAUAUGCAGUUCGUUUGUGGUUCUGUCAGUAUUUGGACUAUGACAAUGAUCAGUGUGGAACGUUACUUCUGUAUCGUCCGUGGUUCUAAUUCAACCAUCACCCCGCGAGUGGCUGUAAUCGCUGUGGUAGUAAUGUGGAUCGUAGCUUUGAUUUCUUACAGCUCUGUUAUAGCUAGCUUCACUGUGUUAUCCCUUCCGUUUGGGAAUACGACGGUUACGAUAUGUACUCUCAUGUGGCCAUGGAAUUCAGUGCAAAUGUCUCGCAUUUUCACAAUUUUCGUGUUUAUUUUUACCUUUUUAGUGCCGCUCAUUGUGUUAACUCAUAAUUACGCUACCAUCUUUCUCAAAUUCAGAAAAGUCCGAAUGAUUGUAAAUCAAUCCAGGAUUCAGAACUCCAAUUUAUCUGAGGCCUCAGAAAAUAUCCAGAGGACACGAAACGCAAGGGAUAUGAAAGUUGUUAAAACUGUUUUCAGUUUGGUUAUAAUAUUUGCUGUCAUGUGGUUUCCUAUCUGUGGAUGCUUUGUUUACAUACUUGUGGACAAUGCAACUGGCUCUAUGGAACUGGGGUCUUACGUAUUUAUCAUAGCGCUAAUGUGCGCUAUGGGAAAUGGCUGCGUAAAUCCGAUACUGUAUGGUGUGAUGAACGAACGCUUGAAAUUGAUAUUGCUUUCGUGUUGCUUAAGUAAAUGUGACUCUGAGGAUAACUCGAAUCGUAUUCAAAGCAUCGCUAUUAAGCAUAUUCCGAAUGCACCACACAGGAUUCAAACUAUCCAAGAAGAUUCUGAGGGUCCAACCGAUACCCACUAA